GGAUAGAGUAACUUGGGUUGGUAAUUUUGCUUGGCUGAUAUUUAUCACAGAAGUACAAAAAUGCUUCCUGGAUCAUUGCAAUUAGAGGAACUCAUAUUCAUACUUCUAAUCAGCUCUGUAAAUGGGGAAGACCAUGCCGUUAAGGAGGAUGAACCCUGCAGAACAGCUUGUAAUGUGGAUCAGCAGCAUGCAGUGAGGCACACUUUCAGGUACAGCACAACUGCGAGCACAAGUCUGCAAACUCACUCUAACAUGGGCAGUCAGUUGUCUAUGGACUGUGUGGUGGACAUCGAUGUGUUUCCAAACUGUCCAAUGAUGAUAAUGAAGCUCAGGAAUCCGCAGAUGAAACGCAGUUCGUCACAGAGAGAAAACACAGUGCUCCGGCUCAAGAGUGUGAGGGAGCUGCUGGAGAAGAACCCCCUGUGGUUCUCACUUCAGGAAGGAAAGGUCACCACUCUGUGUCCGCAGGAGGGAGAGCAGGUGUGGGCGCUCAACAUCAAGAGAGCCAUACUGAGCAUGCUCCAGACCUCCCACUCCGUGGGGACCCGGAUGAUGGUGGAGGAGGAAGAUAUAUAUGGCACUUGUAUGAGCCGCUAUGAGAGGAGGGGGAAUGUAGUGCUGAAGGCUCGGAGCCUCCAGCAGUGUCAUCAUAGGAGGGUUUCUGAGUUCUGGCAGCACUCUGUGGCACUAAAAGAAAACAACGUGCUUUCCAUGAAACAUGAGUGUGUUCAACAUUUGGGGAAAAAUACAAUGGAGAAAGUGAACUGCACAGAGACAGUUUCCUUGUUAGCAUCAUCCGGACUGUCUGGUGUCGUGCAGACGAAAACUGUGUCAGUUCUCAUUCUGCUGAGGAGCCUGGACAACAUACCUCUGAGUUUUGACAAACGUAGGUCCAGAUAUCUGACUGACCUUAAAUUUGAGGAAGCCCUGGAUGACCCAGUGAAAGUACAAAAGUCUGCAUUACAGGAGGUCAUUGCUACUGUUCGAGGGCUGUGCACCCAUAUGACUGACCAGCAACAGCAGUCAGACCAGUUCAUUGAUCUGGUGGUACAGUUGAGGGCUCUGUCCCUGCAACAGCUGAGAGAAGUCUGGCAGGAAUCUUCCUUUAAGUGUCGUGAUGACUGGCAACCUCUGAUGGAUGGCCUCAUUACGUGUGGCUCAGAGGGCUGUGUGCGUCUACUGUCUGAACUCCUCUCGUCCAAAGAGAUCGAGCAGGAUCGGUCAUCUUCAAUUUUCAGUGCCUUUGCCUUUGCUCACCAUCCCUCUCCUGCGAUGAUUGGCUCUAUCAAUACUUUGCUGCAGGACACAGUCUCCCAACCCAAACUGCUCCUGGCUGGGUCUGCUCUGAUCCACCGCCUGUGUCAGGUCCAGCAGGCUCCGUGCAGCCAGAUCCCUGAAGUCCAGGAAUAUGUGCGAACCCUGAAGAACAGCCUAGAGGAGGCCCGCAGAGCUGAAGACUCUUCCAGAAUGCUUCUGAUAAUGAAAGCUGUGGGGAACUCUGGCCAGGCAGACCUCAUCCCUCAACUGAACGAUUGCAUUUUGAACCACUCAUCCCCUCUGGAGUUGCGCCUAGCUGCCACCCAAGCCUUCAGACGCAUCCCUUGCAAUGCUAAUAGGAAAGUGUUGGCGUUGGCAUACCAGUCGUCCCAGGAGGACGUGGAGGUCAGGAUAGCAGCUUAUCAGCAGCUCAUGCGCUGUGCCAACCAAGAGAUCUUUGGAGUAAUAAGAUCCACCCUUGAGAGAGAGGCAUCUAGCCAAGUCGGUUCAUUUGUAUGGAGUCACCUUACACAAAUUCAGAAAACUGAAGACCCCCUUAAACAGAUACUGCUACAGUCAAUGCCUGAUGACAUUAUCAGCAAGAAUUUUGAAGCAGAGCCUUGGAAAUAUUCCUCCUUCAUGGACUCCACCGCAGACACGGGCCUUGGAACUGCCAACAUGGAAGGGGCUUUAGUGUUCUCUCCAAAAUCAUUUCUCCCACGUUCCCUCAUGACAAAUUUGACUGUGCAUAUCUUUGGAAGAACAUUUAAUCUAAUGGAGAUCAGCUUUCGGGCAGAAAACGUGGAGCCAUUGCUCUUGGGUUUGCUGAGAGGACAGUCAGCCGAUCCCCAGAACAGACCAAGUCCCCAGCAGGCCAGAGAGGCCUCAGGGCGGCAGAGGAGGGCUGCUGCUCGAACCACUGGAUCAGAGAGCCAAGGCCGUCAAAGAGACACUGGAAGAGAUGAGUGUAAAGCCCAGACUGACAGCUUCCUCAAACAGGCCAAAGCUCAGUUUUCAGGAAAAAGAUCAGCUAUCACAACACCGAGGUGCUGGUUCAGCAUGAAGGUUUUUGGUAACGAGCUUGACAUGCUUACCUGUGAUGACUUAUCUGACCACAUGGAGAUGCUGUCGCUGAGAGUGGCAGAAGUAGCUCUAAAGCUGCUGAAGGGACAAGAGGUGAAACUGCACCAUAGGUUCUUUGUUUUAACAGAGGAGCUGGUCCUUCCAUCUCUGUCAGGUUUACCCCUCAAGUUAGGUGUCAAUAUGUCAUCCCUCUUCACCCUUCGAUUGAAGGGAAAUGCCCAUGUCAAAGACUGGUUCAACUUCUUAUUAUCUGGCCAUAUCAAACCAAACGCCCUUGUUGGAAUCUCAGUUAGAAUGGGAAUAGAUGGGGCCCUCGGGCAGGUUGGGCUCGAGUGGUCAACUAAACUCAAAACCUCCACCAGUUUGGAUGGAAGCAUACAGCUUCGCAAUGGCCAGGCUUUCAAGGUGAUUCUCAACACACCUGAUGAAUCAAUGGACCUUCUCUCUUUCAGUUCAGGAAUAUUUAGGGUAAGUGGGGGUAUGAGAGAGGAGUUGAGCAGCUCAAAGAACCUGAUGGAGAAGACCAUCUGCUCUCCAAAGACAUGGUCGAAGUUGAUUGGAUGGCAGCUGUGCUAUGAUGUGUCCCAUCCUCAGUCUGUGAUGGGAAAGGCCAUCCUCUAUCAUGGUCCUACCAACCUAUCUUUUAGACUCGUGAAGCUUGAUAAAGGCCUCCAUCAAUACCUGCUCGAAGCUAUUUAUACUUCCCUGCCACUGAGAGACGCCUGGCUACCCCAUGAGCUCCACCUGCUUCUCUCUCUGAGGACGCCCCAAGCCAGUGUUCCCAGGGACAUGGGGGUAGAGUUCAUCAUGAGCCCCCGUCGGCUCCUACUGAAGAUCACCCACCCUCAGAAGAACAUCCUUAUCCAAGGACACCUUGAUCAUGUUAAGAACACACACACUGCAAAACUUGAGCUUCUGAUGGAUCACACUCACCAUUAUUACCUCAAGGGCAUGAUGGAGACUUUCAGCCUUCCCACAGAGAAGAGGCAGCAGUACCGUCUGGAGGCGAAAGGGACAGCACGUAGUCGUCCCAUCAUCCUCUCUGUCGACAUUGCCCAGGGGCUUGAUAGAAGGAUCAGUGUGGCAGCCAUGCUGAAGAACAUCUUUAAAGACACAGCCUCCUUCUCAGUGCAGCUUGACCGUCGGCAGGACAGCGGGCAGAGGCAGUACUCUGUGGACACUGAGGUCCUCCUGCCUGGACUGCUCGGGGGCAGGAUCCUUGGGCUGCUGGAACACAGAGGCCCACACUGGAGCUCUGCGCUCAGGCUCAAAUAUGGACUCAGAGAGGAAGCCCAAGAGCUCAGACAGGAGUGCCACAUCUCCCAGAGCCUGAGUAGAGAGAUGUUACCUACGCAGACCUAUCACAUGAGGGCUCAGCACGAGCUGCGCUGCUCACAUGCACCAUCAGUCAACCAUAAGAUCCAGCUCAGGCAUGAGAAGAGUGCCACUCACAUGCUGGCCUCUGUGGACCUGAACUAUGGCAAGCACUGGGACCAGACGGCUAACAAGCACAGGGUCAUCUUUAGCCAGUCCCUCAGAAACCAAUCACGGCCUGGCCUCACUAACUAUGCUCUAGAGUUUUCCUUAAAAGUCCCCGACAGAGAUAUGAACUACAGGGCAGAGCUACUCCACUCUCGGCUUCAAAGCAAAAAAGCAGAGGGCCGUACUCAUCUCAAGGUCAACUACAAUGACCACAUGCCCUUUGUGGCUGGCCUACACUGGAAGGAGCUCACCUCCAAAGCCUCCCUUAAGAAAUAUGAAGGGACUUUUAACAUGGACAGCCCCUGGCUCUAUGUGUUUUGUGUGCACAAGCUGCACCAGCUCCAGCGGGGCACAGUGGAGUUCAGCUCGGAGCUGACCACCCGCAGACUCCUGGCCAUCCAGAGCCUCAUGCUGCAGGGCCUUUACAGGGACAGGAAGGGGGAGAAGGAGGCCAGAAUACACCUCUUCACCCCCACCGUCUCCUAUCUGAAGGCUGGGGCUCAUGGUGUGCUGGGCAAGCGAGGGUUGAGGGCCUCCUGUUCCUUCAGCUCGGUGUGGACAGAGGCUGUGCAGGGCCAGAUCGCUCUGAGCGACGGCAGGCAGCUGAAGACUCUGGACCUGGGCGCAGUGUGUGGCCACCACAACCUCAGCCUCACCACCAGCCUGAGCUUGAUAGAUAAGCAGCUGAAGAAGAGGCAUGUGGCGCUGAAGAUGAAGCUGUCCGAGUCUAAGGGAGCAGCCACAGAGCUGGAGAUGGAGGGAAGCCUGGAAGAGCUCAGGAGGGAUGGGUGGAGGUACCAGAAAAGAGCCACGCUUCACCUCAGACAGCCAUUCAAGUUCCUCCCUGAAAGCCUGCUUCUCCAGGAGACCUUCACCAUAGAUCUCGAAAAGGGCACAUACAUCCUGAAUUCCAAAGCCCUGCUUCAGAAUGACAAACAGCUCACCCACACCCUCACUAUGGGAUACAAAUCUCAGAAGCCAUUUAUCUGCUCAUCCCUGGUCCAUCCAUUCAGCUCCUCUACCAUCCCUCAGGACUCUGAGAUGUGCCUGUCUCUUGGCCACGGUCAGUCACAUCGAGAGUUGCAUGGAAGGUUACGAGUUCAAAAGAGAGACAUGUUGUUGGUCCAUGGCAAGGUUCAGUUCAGUGAGGUGGAUUCAGUCCAGCAAGGAAUCACCAUCUGGGCCAAUCUCACUCACCAACUUCAGCUGCAGAUGCCAGCCUCCGUCAGUGUGGAAGGAGACUUGUCUUGGAACCGUGUGAAUGAUGGCCGGUUUUAUUAUCUCGCCAAAGCAAAAGUUAUCAAUAUCCACGUGUGCCAGGGUUCAGUGCAUGUUAAUGGGUCCACUGAGAACAUUGGUCUCUAUGCGGACAUUAGUCAUACUUUCAUUUCAAGAGUUCCCAACACAAUGCAGGCCCAUGUCACUGCAGGCAGGUCCUCUGCAGGCAGCGUCAGUGGAUCCAUGGGUGUGAGGGCUGAUGGGAAAGGCCAGGCCUCGCUGGAGGUCCUGCUGGCCAGUAGCGUGCAGGGGACGCUGCGUUCCAUGGGCGUUCACGUGGGCCUACAGCAAACGCUGCUGCCUGACGUCUCAAGCAGCCUUCACCUGCAGCUGGCUGCCAACGCCUCCACUGACAGUGAGCCUCUACAGCUUCAGUGGACUGGAGUCAUGGAACACAGUCCUGGAGCUGGAGGGUUGGGCCCAGAUGACAUGGAGAAUCCCCUGCCUGGCCUCUCGAUUUUGCCCAAGAGUCUGGGUUUGGAAGGGAAGAUCACCUCUCAUCCUGCUGGACUGAUGGGAGGUGAGCUGAAGUUGUCAGUGAACAAACGGAUACACAGCGUGGAGUUUAAACACCGGGAGAAUGCUAAGGGGGAUCAGGAAGAAGAGGAAGAAGAAGAAGAAGAAGAAGAAGACAUGCUGGGAAGAAGGAAGAAUGGGACACGUGAUUGGCUGUGUGUGAGAUCGGCAGACAAGCACCUCUGUGUGAAUAUGAGCAGCCAGUCCAGCCACCAGGAGGGCAGCAGUGUGUCCGGCCAGCUCUCCCACUCCUUCCCCUGGCUGUACUCCGCAGGAGUGCCCGCGGAGAGUGGUGCAGGCGUGAGCUGGGACUGGGGAGAGAGGCGGACUCUGCUGGACGCCAAGCUUCGCUCUGGGACACGCCACCUCCGGGUGAGGAUGAGGAAGGAGACGUUCAACGCUACAGAUGUCACGGGACACUUUCAGGUGAAUUGCACUGGAGGGAUCGUUUCAGACCACCUGCUGGGCCGGUGCUCUGGACAAGCUGUAGACCAGACGCUGGAGGCAGAGAUUUGGACUAAUCUGACUGGAUUUCCUGUGUGUGUGGACUCUGAGCUCCUGGCAGUUACCGCACAUGGCCACUGGAUUCCCACUAGUAAGGAACUGGUUUUGAGUGUUGCCAACAACAUUUCAGUGUUGCAGCCAUACCUACCAGCCAAGUUUUACUGCAGAUCCCAGCUUAACCACACAGGGUCUGAGGUGAGUGGAUCCACCCAGCUCCAGACACAUGAGCGGAUGCUUACUGCACAUGGAGAGUUCACCUACACUGCUGCAGGUUUCAGCCAGUCGCUGGUGCUUAAUCACACUUUCCCUCAGCUGAUGUUUGUGCCCCGGACAGCUACAGUAAGCACCCUGUAUGAGAGGGGGAACUGUUCCCAUGUGCUUCAGCACCAAGCAGACUGGGCGGGUAUGGACCUGACACCCUCCAGCCCAACCACUGCCCACCCAGCCCAGGGGCUCUCUCCUCCACGUGGCUGGGGUCUGGAUGUGAGGCUGGAGAGAGCCCUUAAGAGGAGGUCAGCAGACUUGCUGCUUGGCUGGACAGCUCAGGGCAAACACGAGACAGUCCAGGCUGCGGGCUCCUGGGUGAGAGAGGGAGCACAGUCACAGGGCUCACUGGAGCUGAGGCAGCCCUUCACCCCUACACUAUCCCACCUCUACCUGCACACACACUCACAAGAACUUGGGAACGAGCCGCACAGCACCUAUCAGGCCAUGUUGUCCUGGGACAGAGGAAGGCCUGUGAAUGUUUCCAUGACAAUAAGCCAACACUCCCUUGAGAACUCCAGCCGGGGCCAAGCAUGUUUUUUCUUCAUACCUGGACAGUUGCAGGCGGAGCGCCACCUAGUGAGGAUGCAGGGCUGCUUGUCGGCAGCACGGGAGGGGCAGUCAUACACCCAAAACGCAGAACUCCAGUGGAGUGACAAGAGAAUCACACAGAGCAUGAAAUACCAGAUUAGGCCAAAGGCCAUGCACUCUCUGCAGGUGGAGGUGGGAGCUGAGCAGGUCUCACCGUCGCCCUGCCCCACCCACCACCUCCUGGCCCAGAUCCACACCAACUGCAGGGACUCGCUGGAGCACCACCUGCUGCUAGGGCUAUGUCCUCCCCGCCCUGCCCUGUCCUGGUCGGGGAGCCACCGCCUCAACCGGGGGAAGGAGGUGUUCUACAGCCAGACGAGGCUGGCGGUGUCCGGACAGCCCCAGCUCAGCAGCAUCACCCUGGCCCUCACCAACACCUCCACCACCCAGCGCACCAACUUCUCCAUGCUCACCCAGUGGCAGAUGGGUAACUGGAGUGUGGAGGCGGGGGGCUGUGCUGUGUCUUCUGGAAGAGGUCCAGGGCUGCGUCUGCAGGCCAGAUUGGACGGCACUGAGCGUGUCUGGGUUCACGCAGGGGUAGAGAAACACUGUCUGAGGGCUGGACUGGGCUAUGAGGAUGGGCCGCACUCGCUCGAUGAUGUCACAAUGGGACUGUGUCUGGAGGGGCGGUACCACACCACACUGGAAGCUCUGAGACAUCUGGGUGGAGUCAAAAGGGAAAUAUUGGCACUGGUCUCGUUAAGCGCAGCCAAUCAGAGCCUUGCUUUCAGCGCUAGAGGCUGUGCAGAGUGCCUGGCGGAUCUGGAGACACGAUAUCUCCACCUUGGCUCUCGCAUAAGGAACAAGCUGCUGGACAGAGUGCAGAGGAUGCAGCAUCACCUCGUGGAUUUCAGGAAAAAAUCUGCGGACAGCCCGUUCCUGCAGGAGCUGAGCGCAGGUCCGCUGCAUCUGGUCCAGAGGGCUGAGGUCAUGCUGCAUCAGAGGGCGGGGUUGACCUGGGCUACCUGGAGGUCAGGGUGGCUGCGGCGUGGCCUGACGGAGACCCUGCCCCACACACUGCUGCUGCUGCAUCACACUGCACAACUCGCCCAGCAGGAGCUGCACAAGCCUCUGGCCACCCUGGCGGGUGCCUACCAUGACGUGACGGGCCAGCGUCUGGAGGCGCUCUGGCGAGAUGCCAUGGCUCUGUGGGGGCAGAGGCUCGUGGAGCUCCUGCCCGCGGUGCUUGAGGACCCCCAACUACUGCGAGGGCCGGCUCAGGCCGCGCUGCACUCCCUCACCGCUGCACUGGACAUGACGUGUCACCAAGCGGUGCAGUGGGCAGAGGCCAGGUUGGCAGCCGCACUGAUCGGGGCCAAGAGGCAGCUGGCGUCGGUGUAUCAGCUCUCUCACAGUGACUACGAGGUACGUCUGCGUCUGCUGUUGCCGGGCGGCUCGUGGCGGCGGCUGAGCCAGGCCGGCGUGGCGGAGGUGCUGCUGGAGGAGCUGCUUGUGCGGCCCCUGCUGGCGCUCAGCUCCCUGGACCCCACUGCCGAGUUCUACCACCUGAAGAGGAGGCUAAUGGACAGCCCCUUCAACUACCAAGCUAUUCUGGUAGGAGACGAGUUUAUGGUGUCGUUUGAUGGGCAUCUCUAUGAAGUGCCUGCUUCCUGUGGCCUCCUGCUGGCCAUGGAUGCCAGCGGAGACUCGUUCAGGGUGCUGCUCAGUCCUGGAGCGCAGUCACAGCGCACCCUACAGGUGAAGAUGGGGAACACCAGUGUGGCCAUUCAUCCCAGUGGAGAGGUGCAGUUGGACUGUCGUGUAACUCACCCACCCUAUAAGCACAAUGGGGUCAUUAUCCAGAGAGACAUUAAUCUUAUCAAGGUGUCCGAUGAGAAAGGACUGGAGGUGUCUUGUGAACCAUUACAGAGGGUAUGCACUGUGACCCUGGACGGGUGGUUGCAUGGUGUGUCUGCUGGACUACUGGGAACCAAUGACAACGAAGCCGCUAAUGACCUCACCCGUCCAGAUGGCUCCCAGGCUGCAGACUUGGCCGAGUUCUCCCAAAGCUGGCAGGUGGAGCCGCAGUGUCUCAACGAGGCGCCAGAGAGGGCGUGGCUCUGCCAAAACAUGACCUCUGACCUCCUGGGCUGCUCAGCACUCUUCUGGAGCCCUGACUCUCCGCUCAGCUCCUGUUUUAGAGUCGUGGAUCCACUGCAGUUCCUGACAGUUUGCGAGAGAAGAGUCUGUCACUCUGUGGAGCCCACCCACAGCACCUCCUGUAAGCUGGCCACGGCCUAUGUCCUCCUGUGUCGGAGAAAUUACGUCCCCCUUGAGCCCCCAGCACAGUGUGGAUAGAGCUGUGACCUCCUCAAAAACUGGUAUAAUAAAACUGUUACGCAUUUA